AUUUACAUUUUCAAGUAUCAAUAGGCACUAUCUGAGAAUAAAUUAAAAAUUUCAUAAAGUUCAUGAAUAUUUUUUACUGAAAAGUACGCGAACACACCUAUAAUAUUAAAAGUAAACAAAUAAACUAACGCAAGUAAACAAACAACUAAUAACAUUGAUUUUAAAAAAGUGAUAGACUAAUUACAUAUCUGCAAUUGACUGAGAUGAAUGAACAUUUAAUAAUCACAUUUAAUAUAUUAAUCAGAUGAAAUGAGGUUUCGUAGAAUUAUCCUUGUCGUGAGUGUGUUGUUAGCAACAAUAGUUUUAUAUUUUAUACAUCAUCGCUACAACGCGUUGUCUGUCUCUUCACAUACACUAAUUGUUCCAGUGGCAAAUAGCCUUACAAAAAUAGCCCGUCCAACUUAUUACAUAGCUGUGGUAGCUUGUGGUCAACGCCUGCAAGAAACAUUGGUUAUGAUAAAGUCAGCACUGCUGUUUAAUCACUCGAAAGAUAAAUUGCAUUUCUUAAUAUUUGCUGAAGAUCAGUUGCAGUCUAGUUUUAAUGAAAAGCUCAGUGACUGGCGCUCAUUAAAAAAAGAGGAAUUUAAUUUUGAAUUAUUUCCUCUCCAGUUUCCCUUAAAUGGUGAAUGGAAGACAUUAUUUAAACCAUGCGCUGCCCAAAGAUUGUUCCUUCCGAGUCUUUUGCAAUCAGUUGAAUCUAUAUUGUAUGUCGAUACAGACAUAUUAUUUUUAUCUCCAAUUGGGGAUGUUUGGAAGUACUUUGGUAGAUUUAAUGACACUCAAAUUGCUGCUUUAACGCCCGAACAUGAAGAUCCCAACAUCGGUUGGUACAAUAGAUUUGCACGUCAUCCAUACUAUGGUCCAUUAGGUGUAAAUUCAGGCGUAAUGUUAAUGAAUCUAACACGCAUGCGACAAUUUAAAUGGGAAGAACACGUAUUGCCAAUUCAUAAAGAAUAUAAAUUGCGAAUCACUUGGGGAGAUCAAGAUAUAAUUAAUAUACUAUUUUAUUAUCAUCCAGAAAAACUUUUUAUAAUGCCUUGUGAAUACAAUUAUCGUCCAGACCAUUGUAUGUAUAUGAGUAUUUGCAAUGUUUCUGUGGAAGGCAUUAAAAUUAUGCACGGCAAUCGCGGUUAUUUUCAUUCUAAUAAGCAACCAUUAUUUCGGGCUGCCUUCGAAACUAUCGAAAGUUUUCAAUUAAGCUCAAACCCAUACAGUGAAUUUCUGGUACCUUUACAGGACUCAUUACAGAAUCCUAUAGUUACUGAAUCAAAUUGUGGAAAAGUGGCAAAGGAACUUGUAAUUGUUGCAAAAAAUAUAUUUAAAAACGAAUAUUAUUAUGAUACAUAACGUGAAAAAUAUGCCUUUUACAUAAUUUCCAUAGCUCAAUGUUAGUUGCAUUGUUUUAAGGUACGUUCAGACCUAUCAAAUAUUUGACAAAAAAGACGUAGCACUAUUUAUGUAAUUUUAUUUUUGAUUCUGCAAAUAAGGUCGAAAAAAAUAAUAAGGACAUUCUAAACUUGAGAAGUCAAAGAUAAAUUAAAUGUGUGCAAAUAAUAAUAUAUUUAAAAGAUAUCACGUCAUUUCGUCGAAUAAUUGAUAGAUGUCUACGUAGCUUUAGUUAGAUUUUCUAGAUACACAUCACAUUUUUAUAUUAAUGUAAUAUAAGUUUAUAUGUACAUCCAAAACAUAUGUAUGUAUAAAAGACAUAUCGCUUACUUGCCUAAAUCGGUCAUAACUCAAAAAAUAUAUUUUCGAUUAAAUGACUUUUAAAAUUUUAAUGCUUUUCUAUCUAUAUCGGCAUAUCAUCACCUGAAACGCAGACGGCCCUUACUAACCAAAAAUUCAAAAUUUAUUUUAUUGACAAUAAAAUAAAUAAAGCAAUAAUUUAUUGUUGAUCUAAUGUAUUGCAUAAAAACAAAAAUAUACAUUAAAUUAGCGGUUUUAUUGACAAUAAACAAAAUGCAUUUAAAUAUUAAAGGUAAAAUUUCCAAUUUAUCCAUUUGUAUAUACGACAUUGUCAACUAUCAUAGCAACUGAUAGGUUUCACUAUUGAGCAAUAUGUUUAUUUACUACAAAUAUAUCGCGUUGAUAGAAACAAAUUUUUCAUGUUGAAUUGUUAUUGCUUCUCCUGUAAAAUUUUAAAAAUGUUAGAUAGGGUCGUAUGUGUGACGAUAUAUAAAAUUAUACAUAUAUAAAUUCCGUAAAUAUCCUCAUCAAAUAACUAUAUCUAUAGAUUUUAUAAAUUCAAUAAUAUAAGUGAUUUUAUCCAUCCCCUCGCAUUCAAUAAAUUCAUACAAUUUGUUAUGUCUACCAAUUGAAGGAAAUUUAAAAAGUUUAGUUGUUUUAAAGUUGUUUCAAUUUCAACUCAACACAUAAAAAUUACAAUUAAACACAUAUAAUAUUUAUAUAAUA